AUGGAUGAGAGGCGACUGACACUCUUUCCAGGAACGACCAACGGUGCAAGAGACGUCACCCCCCUCAACAGAAAUAGCGAUUCUACUAAGCCGAGCGCUAGUAAGCGAAAGCGUCCUGAUCCUAUAUUCGGACUAAACAAAUGGCGAAAGAUUUCACUAGCCCCUCAAAUCUUCACACCACGUGAUGAAGAUCCUGGAAGACACUAUCGGUGCAUACAUAUUGUCGAUCCCCAAGGGGAAAGGCCCUAUUGUCUGGCUCAAAAAAUCGCCUCAGGUGCUACUAAGAACGCGUAUCGGGUUGUGAUGAUCCGACGUAGUCCCGAUAAACCUGUUUAUCGCCUUGAAGAGCCGAACCCGAAUCUUCUUAAUAUUUUGUCUGUCUUUAGGUUCGAGGGUUCUAUCUUUACCGUGUUCGAUAGACCCGGCUUCCCAUUAUCUGAGAUUGUUGCGUCUCAUUCUCCACAGCUGGGAUUAGCUGAAGUGAAAACGAUAAGUGCAGAGGCACUCUCUGGUAUCUGCGCUGCAUACGAGGAAGGCUUUCACUUUCCUUCGAUUGAUGUAGAGGACAUCACAGUCUCAGCAAGCAGUGGUCGAGUCAAAGUUACAUUAGAACGAACCUUUUUGCAAGAAACAAUAUCAGAUUACAAGGCAACUGCCUUUGGAAUUAUGCUAGAUGACCUGGUGUCCCGUGUUCCUGAUUCUUCAACUCUACAGCAAAGCCAGAAUCUCGUUGCUUUCAUUCAACGCGCCUCUGAAACAACAUAUCGUGAAUUAAACAAGGACGACUUUUUAAGAGACGCGUUGCCCACUGCGUCGCUGAUUCCCUUGGUUUUGAAUGCACAAAUCAUAGUGUUCCCAGUCGAACAUGUAACAGAAGCUGUCAUCACUGACUUGGGGACAUCAUAG